GAGUAUUCGCAACCGAACAUUACGACCGUACGAGCAUCGGCAGGUCUAAAUAAAAUGGGUGUUCACGUUACGAUUUUUACGAAAAACCGAAUCAGAUAUUCACUUUUGAAAUUCGAAUGACUUCGGACGUUACGUUGUUCGAAAAUCGAAUAAACUUUUAAAAAAUCGUUCCUAAAGUUUUACGGUUUUCUUAACUGUGUGUGUGUGUGUUUGUGUGUGUUCUUUUGUUAAUAUUGUGUUUGAAAAUGGAAGGAAAAUAAACGGCGCGGAAUUGUUUUGAACAAUGUAAGUGGAGCAUUACGUCACAUGUGUGUAUUUAGUGAUAAGACUAGAUUAGAUAGGGAGAGAGCAAUCUUUUAUUAAACCUGUGACCCCAUUGAAAUAAGCACUGUCUUCACAACCCUUGAAGGGUCAAGAAGUUGUGGUUCGAAGCGGAACUGCUUGUCAAUAAAAAAGAUGUCCGAGAUCUUUAAGACAACCCUAUAUCGAGUUAUGUGAAUUUUACGUGGAAAAUGGCUGAGAACGAAGGUCCUGUGACGGUAGAUGAUCUACCAUUGACGUUUCAGGUGAAGUACCUUGGACAGAGCGACGCGCGAGGGUUGUGGGGCAUCAAGCACACCAGGAAACCAGUGGAUCUCAUGGUGGCUGCAGCGAAAGCUUUACCUCCGGGCCAGAUCCUGCCUCUGGUGAAACUCACGAUCACUCCUGACGGAGUCCACUUGGAGACCAUAAACCAUGGCACAAAACAAGACGACUUCGAACAUAUGGCGGUAUUCUUUAACAUCGAGAGCAUAUCAUAUGGCGUCCAAGACCUGGUCUACACGAGGGUCUUCUCCAUGAUCAUCGUUAAGGAUAACGCUGAUAUUAAAGGACUGAAUCCUUUCGAAUGCCACGCCUUCGUUUGUGAAUCGAGGAACGCCGCUAGAAGAUUGACUUAUUCCUUGGCAGCCGCCUUCCAAGAUUACUCGAGGCGGGUCAAGGAGAUGCAAGCGCAGCCGGAGAUAGAAGACAAACUGCCGACCAUGAAGAAGAGGUUCGCCAUAGACCUAAGAACACCAGAAGAGAUAGAAGCAGAAUUAGAAACGGAAGCGUAAAUCUUUCGAUACUCAAAGACCCCGUUCAUAUUGUUACCGGUUGUGUUACGUGUGACUAUUUAGAAUAAAGCCGUGUCUGAUCGUCUCAAACACUAAAAGAUUAUGUAAAUACAGCAACCCCACUAAAAUAUAUCACGCUGUUUUGCCAAAGUCAUUUCAUAACAGUAAUAUCUGUCAAACUUAUUAGGUACGUGUGAGCGAACUUAACAGGUCCGCGCGACUGUGCCAAUUUUGUAACAACUACGAAUAAAAUGUUUUAAGAACAAAUAAUUCAUAGGCUUCGAUACUUUUUGUCAGAAAUUUCUCCGAUUUCUGUUAGUGUCAGAUCUAAAGUUUUUGAGGUCUGUGAGCGGCGGUCAUUACUUAACAUCGGCCUUAAGCCUUCGUCAAACAGAACGCGUACUUAGCGCCGCGUACUUAACGUCGCGCUCUUCAAAUUGACUAGAUGAGUCUAACGCUCCUUGACGCAACGCAUUCGAGUGAUUCAGAUGUGGCAUUGUAUAAGCAUGGGUAUUUUCUAACUAUUUAUAUCAUUUUUUCGGGCAUUAUCUAGUAUUUUAAUACACAUUCACUCGGACGCUAAAAUAAAAUUUGUAAAAAAUUACAACGCCUGACGUCAAAGCGUCCUAACGCUGCGACAGAGCGCUGCGUACUUAUAGCGCAGGGGCUCUGUUUGACGGUAUAUUACCAUAGUAGUACAACACAUCUCGGCGUCAUAGCGCGCCGUCAGUUUAGCGCUCUGACGCGCGCUAAUUACGCGUUCUGUUUGACGAAGCUUUUAAAGUUCGUCUGAAGACAUGGGCGAUAAAUAAUGUCAUUCCAAAGUUUUAAUAUUAUGUGUUUUGAAAUGUAAUAUAACGUAAAUAUUAUAAAUAUAGAUUAUAAUUAUGUAUACAUAUAUAUAGAGAGGCAUAAUAAUUAUAGUUUAAAAAACAAUUUGUGAAAUUGUGAUUUUAGUAUAGAUUUUACUAUAGUAUAGGUAUUUUAGAAAAUAAUAAAUAAAGUUUGCUGUUUGAGUA